UUGAGGUUAGAGUUUAUAAAUAGAAAUUUUAAACAUAAAACAAAUAAAUAAACUUUUUAACAAUAUUUACAUUUAAUUAUUUAAUACAUGUGUUCAUAUAUAAUUAUCUUUUUACUUCAUGUAUAGCUAUGAACAUGAUUUUUUUCUAAAUUUAUCCGAAACAUUGUUUAAUAACUUGCAAAUUAUUGAGAUCAAGAUUAUCAUAAAAGAUCCUUUAUAAAAAUAUGUAAUAUGUAGGUAUUUUGCGACCUUUCGAGUUUAACAAUGUGAGAGUGUACAAUGUGACCAUGGAAGUAUAUUCAUGAGACAACACAAUGUCAUUAAAUUAUGCGUUCAGCUUUUCUGUAUUUUUGCUUGCCCUUGUUAUCCUCAAUAUUUAUUUUUUCUAUACACUAAAUACAAUUGACCGAAAAUCCCCAAAGUUCAACGUACCUAACCUUAGGUUUGACCUGACAUCUAGUGUUUUUAAAGAUAUAUAUGAAUAUCUUAAUUAUUUGCCAAGCCAAUAUAAGAAUAAGAACUCAAAGUUUAUUAAAAUACAAAAAUCUCUAGUAAGUUCAUUUAAUUCAAGCAAAAAUGACAAUCCAGCAUCUGUUUGGGAUGAAACUGAUAAAUGGAUCAGUAAUCAAUCACUAUUCCCUCAUGAGAACGGUGUUGGUGGCAAGAUAUUACAUGCUUUGCAGUCCUCACAGAUAGCAUUAGUUGAUAAUGCACUCAAAGGAACACAGUUAAAGCUCUUACUUCUCAUAGAGGGUAAACAAAAAGUGUACUUUAAACCAAAGAGAUAUAACUUAGAUCAUGUAAUCAAAGGUAAUAUCUAUGCUGGUUUUGACCGGCACAACUCGGAAGUAUUUGCAUACUACCUGGCCAUGGUUUUAAACUUUAAAUGGAUUGCACCAUCUGUAAUUCGUUACAUACAUUUGGAUAAGGAUAUUGUGCCAGUUGCUACAUCAGGCUUAAGGAGAACUAUGGUAAAAAAUGAUAAUGGAGCAUUAUGUAUUUAUGGAAAAUGCUUUUAUUGUAAAGUGAAUGAAACAGUAUGUCCCGACAGUAAGGGACAAGUAGAAGGAGCAGCAAUACUCUUUUUAGACAAAACAUUUAAAGUAUACAAGUCUCCGUGGAGGAGAUCAUACAGUAGCAAAAAAAUGGAAUGGGAAACCGACAAUGACUUUUGUACGAAAGUAAGAGGAACAUUGAGCACAAAAAGGCUUCUUAAUCUCAUUGAUGUUGCCAUUUUUGACUUUCUUAUUCAAAAUGGAGACAGACAUAGAUAUGAAGUGUAUAAAGAGCAAAUUAUUUUAUUAGAUAAUGGAAAAGGUCUUGGUAAUCCUUUAGUUGAUGAGCUGGAUAUAUUAGCUCCACUUUAUCAGUGCUGCAUUAUGGCAUCUUCAACCUGGCAGCACCUAGAAAUUAUUUCAGGCGGCAGCUUGACAGAAACAGUAAAAAUUCUAUCGUCUUUUCAAGGGCAUAAGUUAGCAACUGAAGAACAUUUUAGAGCAGUGGAGCGGAGAUUAUUAAAAAUAUAUGCUACUGUUCAAUAUUGCAUAGGACGAUAUGGCAGUUCUAAAGUUUUUAAAAGUGGUUUUUAAUUUUUCUACAUGUACCCAUAUAAUUCAUUUUUUAUAUAGAUCAUAAUUAGUAUUUGUAGUGCUAUAGUACCUUUGUUGAAAGUUAAUCACUAUAUUUUUACAUACCAUUACAAAAGUAUAUAUUUUAUAUAACCGUUGUAGGAAUGUUAUACAGAAAUAUGAAUUUUUUAGUGUUAUGAAGUGUUAUAUUAUAAGCAAAUGGAAAUUAAAAUCUUAUAAAAAUAUA